AUGGUUGAAGUGACUGAAGAUUCAGAUCCUCAAAGAAGUAAGGAUAACUUUGAGCUAAUCACUAUUCAUGCCACAGAUAAAGAUGAAGGUCAAAAUGCAAAGUUACACUUCGCUUUGGAUGAAGAGACACCUGUCCAUCUAUUGAAUGUUGUCACUGUGGACUCGAAUUCAGGUGUAUUGCGUACACUAGGCAAUUUAGAUCGUGAACAGUUGAAUGCAUUUACUGUGACAGUUGUUUGCGCUGAUCACGGAGAAACACAAAGAAUGACUAAAGUAUUUAUCAAUGUACGCGUUCUAGACUACAAUGAUAAUUCACCGACGUUUUCUCAACCGUAUUUUGAAUUUCUCUUGAAGGAAAAUAAUCCCGUUGGUCAGUUGAUUGGUUAUUUUGAAGUCACAGAUAACGAUAUCGGCGAAAAUGCUGAACUAGAAAUCUAUAUUGAAGAAAAUCUUGAACGAUCACAGGUCCAUCUGACCGCGUUGAACAAUAAUUUGAAGCUGUCAAAUGAUGUAAAACAGCUGAGAUUUCAUUCGGGUGGUUUAUUCUCUUCAUCGGGGAUAAGACAAAGAAAGUACACGGAUUAUAGUUCCAAGUUUAAGCUAAGCUAUCAGAAACGUCCCAAGACGAAUAUUUCUGCUUCAGUUAGUGGACCUACACUCUAUGAUAUUCAAUUGUAUGCAGAGUCCAUAAUCGAUCGUGAAAGUUUAUUCCUAAGGGAUGCUGCUGUCUUUCCUUCUGAUCUGUUACGAAAUUACGAAUCUUUCGAUUCUAGUACUACCACCACUACAACUGCACAUAAUAACAAUAAUUAUAAGUAUAGUGAACUAUCAAAAUUGUCAAGUCAAACAAAUUAUUCCACAGUAACACCAACUAUUUUUUUAUUAAUACGCGCACAAGAUAAAGGCAUUCCAAAAUUAUCUGAACAUGUGUCAAUACGUGUACAUAUUUUAGAUGACAAUGAUAAUUCACCUCGUUUUUUAUAUCCUGAUUCGUAUAGUAUAAAUAAAACUAAAGUUAUCUUAUCUUAUAAAGAACCAGUUGAUUAUGCUUUUACACAAAUCCAAGCUGUAGAUGACGACGCUGGUGAAAAUGGUACUAUCACCUACUUCAUUCAUUCUGGUAAUAAUGAAGGCUAUUUCAAACUAAACAAACAUUCUGGAGUAUUGAGUGUUAACAAAGAGAUAUCCUAUUCAGCCAUAGGUGAACAUUUACUGAGAAUAGAAGCAAGAGACGGUGGACAACCAUAUCGUUUUACAAUGGCAGAAUUAAUCAUAGAAAUUGAUCAAUCCGCUUCAAAAGCCUAUUUAACUAUGGAUGCGUAUAAUUUCAAUGGAUUCAGUGGAUUUUUCAACUUUGGUGCUAGUGGAUAUACACUGAACUUUUAUAUUAUUGUUGGAAUUAUUACAUCGGCUUGUAUUAUAUCAACUGUCCUGAUAACUUUUGUCUUUGUUUUUCUACGUAAAAAUAAACAACAGCGUAAUUUUCAACAUAUACCUAUUGCAAGCGAUAGAAAUGGAAAUAGUAAUAAUAAUAAUAAUAAUAUUAAUCAUGGUGAAACGAAUAUGACCAAUUCACCUUUAAGUUGGCAAAAAGUUGAUCAGAUGAACAGUUAUGAAUUUGGUACAAUUCCCGGAGGAUACGGAGUUAUCCAACCCCUUCCCGACUGUCUAUCACAAUUCUCGGCGAUUGGUGGCAAUUCAAGUUUACAACUGCUAAAUUAUCCAAAUGGCAGUAUCUAUUCAUCACCGAAUACUCGAGAUUUUCAUACGGAUCGAAGAAACUCCCCAGAAUACUUCAAAUAUAUGGAGAAUCGUAAUAAUUAUUUAGUAGAUGAUUGUAAUAAUAAUAAUAAUAUUAAUAACAUUAACAGAACUAAUUAUUGUAAUUAUAAUAUUGAUAACAAUAUCAGUAGUAAUGAUACGAAUUAUUAUAAUGAUACAAUAGGCAGCAGAAAAAUUAAAAUCUUCAUUCCUCGAUCUCAUCAUGACACAAUCAAUGUGAUGUCGACAACACACGAUGAAUCAACUUGUACAGAUUUUAAAUAUCCUUAUAAAGCAUGUUCAAAUUACUUUAAUACAGAAAUGCAAGAAGCGAUUAAUCCUAUCCACACAAGAGUAAAGAAUCAUGAGAUAGUCUCCGGAUAA